ACCGACUUCUGUGAACCCAAUGCCUGAUUUCAGUGUUCGCGCAAGAAGGCUUAUGAAAGAAUAUAAAGAAAUUCAAAAAAUGCAAAGCAGCAAAAACGAAUCAGUAUUUACAGUGGAACUCAUAAAUGAUAAUCUUUACGAAUGGCAUGCACGUUUACAUACCGUUGAUCCCGAUUCCAAGUUGGCAAAGGAUAUGAUAGAAUUAAAUGUUCCAUUCAUUUUAUUACAUCUGACGUUUCCCGACAAUUUCCCCUUUGCCCCGCCAUUUAUGCGUGUUGUGGAACCACACAUUGAAAAGGGCUAUGUUAUGGAUGGAGGAGCUAUCUGUAUGGAAUUAUUAACACCGAGAGGUUGGGCUAGUGCAUAUACGGUUGAAGCUGUUCUAAUGCAAUUUGCUGCAAGUCUUGUUAAGGGUCAAGGUAGAAUUAUGCGCAAACCCAAAAAUACCAAAGAGUUUACCAGACGCCGAGCAGAGGAAGCAUUCCGAUCGCUUGUAAAAACACAUGAAAAAUAUGGGUGGGUGACACCGUCACUCUCUGAUGGGUAA